CACGAAGGAGGGUAUAUUGUCACGCAGUGUUAGUGAAAAGGAAGUCCUCCUUUGCCCUGAGAUUCACUCAUUUGCGCGAAAAGUCCACCUUUUCGUGGCUGUUGCAACCGCUGGUCGGGCAAUCGGGCAAGUUUGGGCUCCAGUGCAGCUGGUGGCAUUGGUCUGAAGAUCUGUACUAGUGACCAGAGAGUGCAGUGAUGUGAAAAUAGUGUACGUGCUGCUGAAAAAUCGAACAAGCACGUCCAUUAAGUGUGAAAAUUCACCUCAGCCGCGACCAGAGGAUAUGGACUCACCCUCAGGACGGGCCAUUCAGUGUCUGUGACUGAGACCCUGCCAGGGUCCUCUUGUGCCCAAGUGGGGGCGCCAAGAAUAAAGAGACUCACAAGCAGCAUUCACCCGCCCCAGAGACAUCUUCCAGCCCAUUUGCAGCAAUGGUGAGCACAACAAUCAGCCUCGUUGACACCAAAACACCCACGACGGCGAGCCACGGUGGCAGGGCGCCGGCCGCCGAAACGACCGCUGGCGCCGCCGGAGGGGCCCUCCUGACCGAGCAGAUCUCCAUGCUCUUCCCCAAGUGUCGUCCGCGAAACGAUGUCAAUUUGAAUCCGGUCAAUCACGCCCCGGCGUCGCCGCCGUCUUCAUCGCUCUCGUCCAACUCCUCGUCGGUUCGCAUCCCCCUGGCCAAGUCCUCCUCCGUGGCGACCAACCCCUUCCUCAGCGCCACGCACGACGCCCCAGGACUGUCCGGACGACCCGACAGAUUCAGCAACUACUACUACGGUAGUAAUAGUCAAGCUUCGGUGGAGUAUGGCUCAAACUACUCACAGAACUCCACUGAGAUGAUGUCGAAGCACUUUCAGAAGCAUCUCAACCACGUGCAACGCUCGGCGUCGUACCAUCAGAACCCCUUUCUCAAGGAUUCCGAGCUAGGGUUUUGGGAUUUGAGGGCCAGGACGCCCAACACGACGCCCGUGAGCACGGUCUUGAACUCGCCAGAAGUGACGGAUGCCGAGGGUGGACUCGGUGGUCUGGAGAGGCGGUCGCUGUCGCAUCAUGCGAAGCCGCAGCAUCACAUUCGUGUGGGCAGGAGUCCAGUGAGUCAUGGCGAAGGGUAUUCAUUUGCGGAGUCAAUAGGUGGCCAGGCAGCCUCUGCGGCAGCGUCCGGGCGGAGUGUGGCUGUGGUGACGGACGGCGAGGUGGUGGUGUUCGAUGACAUAGGGGACACUUGGCAGAAUUUGCGCAUAACAACGGAAUCGGAGAUGCCGGAACACAAGACCAUUCAGGAGGAGAACGAUGAGGAGGAGGAGGACGAUGACGAGGAGGAGACAGUGGAUAUUUUUGAGCACAGUCGCAGGGAGCAAAUAAAUCACAAGAUGAGCAACCAUUUGGAAGCCACCACCACGAGAUAUGUGUCGAGUGGAAAAAAUGUCUCCGGCAUUAUUGAGUACGAUGGCUCUCCGAGGCGAUUUGGCCAUUUAGCCACGUCAAGUGCCAUCAAUCAGUACUACGACGACGCGCCCAUCGCCUCGGGCCAGAGCUACGGAUCGACCAAGCUGAAACCGCGACCGGGUUUCCCUCAGAGAGUCAUGCCGGCGCCCAAGGAAACCACCAUGACCACACUUGAGCUAUCUCAGAGCCUGGAUCAGUCGCCCAGCGAGAAUAUAGAAGUGCAAACACACUCUGACUUCACCCUGACUGAGCCCAAGCUCUCCACCUUUGACUACCUGUAUGAGUUCUCAGAGACCAGGAAAGUUCUCGAGGAGUUCUUCAAGUGUCCCAUCGCUGAGGACGACAAAACACUGGAAAAGUUGAGCGAUUUCAACGGAAGCGACGCCGACAGCACGGACAUUCACUAUGAGUUUCGUGGGAGUGGCAAUCAGGAGUGCGAGAAGGACAUUGAGCAGCACCCAACUUACGGCCUGGCCGAGGCGAUGGUGAGCAAAUCGCCCACGGAGAACAUCACACCGACCAGCCCAGUUAAGCAGAACGGCUUUGCGAGCAUCCCAGUGGAGGGCCAUCGAGAAAUCAAUGAGUAUGACGUGUAUCUGGAUUCGGCGAGUCGCAGCAGCGGCGAAUUGGGUGACACAGAAAUCAAGCCCAACUCCACGCCACAGAGGCACUCGCGCUGCUUCAGAUACUCACCAGAAACCACAGACUAUGACUCCAACUGUGGCGAUCUCGACAGUCUCUCUGGGGACUUCAACAGCACGACCAAUUAUCCCGCGUUCGCGCGCCACUACACAUCAAUGCCAGUGCUUGAAGAUGGAUUGUCCAGUGGCCACGCUUCGGACACGGAAAACAACAAUCCCACUAUAUCCGUCCUGAUGGACAAGAAGGCCACAGAGACAGUGAUUGAACCUCAGAGUCAGCUCAGGGCUCAGAGCAUUAUAGAUAGUCCCAUCAAGAGGUCCCCUAUUAUGCAGAAAAUAGAUGAAUUCCUUCUGAACACCAACAAUGCUGUGGGGAGUGAGCCAAAGAUGCCGGAACCUGCAGGGAUGCCAGUCCACAAUCUUGGUACAAACACCAUCUUUAAGAAUACCGACCCAGAACUGGAGUCUCUGUAUUCAAUAAAUAUGGUUCAGAUGACUCCUCCACCUCCGGCUCCAGCUCCACAUAGGAAGGCUUCAGUUGCUGGAUUGGAUGCGAACGUUCCGGAUAUUCAAGCUGCCUUAAAAGAUAUUCGCUCAACACUGAAGCGUACCAAAACCUUCCCGACGCAGCAAGACAACCAUCUUUUAUCUGAAAACGUUGCAUCUCCACUCUCUACAUCUCCCGUCUGGAUUCCUAGCUAUAGGUGUCGGGAAAACAUCCCUGAGAGCACUGAGCUCGAUGCAUUGCAUGAGAAGAGUGUGAGUGGGGAGGAAGAAGAGUUGGAUACAGACCUGGAAACUGAUAGGCUCCUUGGACACCAGAGAGUGGAUGACCAAGGCUUCUAUGAUGAGAACAGCAAGUGGACUGAACGGAAGAAUCGCUUCUCAGCAUCGACUCUGUCCAAAUUGUCCCCAAAAGUGCCCAAGAGCAAUUCCACUUCGUUGCUUCGACAGGGUUUAAACUCUCUUCUUCCGUCCACUCCAGAAAUCACAUCCGCAGUAUCCAAUCUCAAGUCGCCCAACAACAAUCUCGUGGAUCUCGUGGGAGGAAAUAGCAAUCUGUCUCCUCAAAGCGGAGGAAUCCAGAGUGUUUCAUCACCCGAACACAAUGACAACGGUGGCGGUGGAGAUAAGCAUCACGAUUUGAUAAAUGAGAGUCCAAGCGGGUCGAAUGCAUCCACUAAGGAUGGAGACAAGAAGAAGAAGAGCAAAAACAAGGAGGUCCUGAUCGAGGGAGUUCUGUUCAGGGCCCGAUAUUUGGGAUCCACUCAGCUGGUCUGCGAGGGUCAACCGACCAAAUCAACAAGAAUGAUGCAAGCUGAAGAAGCGGUAUCUAGGAUUAAGGCUUUGGCACCAGACGGCGAGAAUCAGCCCAGCACUGAAGUGGACCUGUUCAUCUCGACGGAGAAGAUCAUGGUGCUGAACACGGACCUCAAGGAGAUCAUGAUGGACCACGCGCUGCGCACGAUCUCGUACAUCGCGGACAUCGGCGACCUGGUGGUGCUGAUGGCGCGCCGGCGCUUCGUGCCGCAGGACGUGGACGACGGGCCGAAGCCCAACCGGACGCCCAAGAUGAUCUGCCACGUGUUCGAGAGCGACGAGGCGCAGUUCAUCGCGCAGUCCAUCGGCCAGGCCUUCCAGGUGGCCUACAUGGAGUUCCUGAAGGCCAACGGCAUCGAGGACCACAGCUUCGUGAAGGAGAUGGACUACCAGGAGGUGCUCAACAGCCAGGAGAUCUUCGGCGACGAGCUGGAGAUCUUCGCCAAGAAGGAACUGCAGAAGGAGGUGGUGGUGCCGAAGGCCAAGGGCGAGAUUCUGGGCGUGGUGAUCGUGGAGUCCGGCUGGGGCUCCAUGCUGCCCACCGUCGUCAUCGCCAACCUGCUCUCCUCGGGCGCCGCGGCGCGCUGCGGACAGCUCAACAUCGGCGACCAGAUCAUCGCCAUCAACGGACUCAGCCUCGUCGGUUUGCCACUCUCCACGUGCCAGACGUAUAUCAAGAACACCAAAACGCAGACGGUGGUUAAGUUCACCGUCGUUCCUUGUCCUCCAGUCGUAGAGGUGAAGAUCAAGCGACCAAAUACCAAGUAUCAGCUAGGAUUUAGUGUUCAGAAUGGAGUGAUCUGCUCAUUGCUGAGAGGCGGAAUCGCGGAGCGGGGCGGCGUCCGAGUGGGCCACAGGAUAAUCGAGAUCAACAACCAGAGCGUCGUGGCGGUUCCUCACGAGAAGAUCGUCAAUCUGUUGGCCACUUCCGUUGGAGAGAUCCUCAUGAAGACAAUGCCGACGUCGAUGUUCAGACUGCUGACCGGACAGGAGAAUCCCAUUUAUAUUUAAGCUAGCAUCAAGGAGAUAAUGAAUCAAGCUUCAAGACAGUUAAGUUCUAAGGAAAAUGUGUUUAGGAAUUAAUGAGAAGCAGCAGAGAGCCCUUAUUUGAAGUUCCCGUCUGAUUUGCCCGAGUAGUGAAUUGAUAAAUCCAAUCCAUAGUGCACUGUUAAACUAACCUCGCAGGUUAAUGGUUGAUUUUCUCACCUACAUAACAUACAUAUAACGAGGGAAAGCUGAAGGAAUUAAAGAAGGAUAAAGUGAUCUGGCCUUGCUGGGGUGUGUCUUAUCAACUCGGUUAACUUAGCGAUUGUAUUCUAGUGGAUGGAACUCAUGGACAAAAUCACACAGAAUAGUUGAGAGAUGAGAUUAUAUUUAAGAAGAGGAAAAUCUAAAUAGAGAAAAUAUUUUAUUGAUGAGAUUACCAACAGGUGAAGAUAUUUAAUGGAAAGUUUAUCACACAAACAGAGAGAAAAAAAAUCACACCACACAAUACACAAAACUCUAAAUAUUUCCCAUAACAACAUAUCAGACGCUUUCAAUCAUCUUUGAUGUCUAUUUUUGCCAAUGAAAGUUCGAAGAUGAAAUUCCUUUAUUUGUCCUCUGCAUCAGCAAUUUCCACUCAAUUGAAAGUGCGCGAACUCGAGGAAAAACGUUAAAUCUUGCUCAGUCUGAAGGUUGUUUCUGACGAUUUUGUCUAAUUGAUAUUAAAAGCUUUGGGAGAAGGAAACGAGCGAAGUAACAUGAAAUUGUAAAGAAAUAAUGGUGUAUUUGAAAAAAAAACUCUUGCUGUCUGUAUUCUCUCUAUUCUAUAAAUUAAUCCCCUAAAAUGGAUUGUCAUUAAUUUAAUCUGAGUUUUCAAUACUGCUUGGCCGAUGAUACAGUGGAAAAAUGUAUUAAGAAAGUGUAAUCUAACACAUUUUAUUCAUCUCUUUUUCAAUAUAUAUUGCCCAUGUUUGCAGUGAUGAUGGCAGAAAAGUGUUGAAAUUUAUCGCAUUGCAAUCAAAUUCUGAAAAAAAAAGAUAAAAAAUGUGCAAAUCAAAAUUAAAAUUCAUUUGGAGAAGAAAGUCUUUCUAUCCGAUUUUUUUCUGACGUAAUAAAACUUUAGAACAAUUGUAUUAUAAUGUAGUGAUGUAAAGUGAAAGUAUAUAAUUUUGUGAUGCAGAUUAAUUAUAAUGGAGA